AUGACAAAAAAAACAUGGGCUUUGGAUCUGGUACUCCAUACGUUGUACCUAGAACGACAUCAGCUUCCUCAAAGUCAAAGCGGCGUCCGGGAACCCACCUUUGAGCUCUCAACCACCGCUGUGGCAUCGCCAUCAACGAGAAACCCCAAGUUCUGGGCCCAGCAAGAUGGUAUCAUCUGA